ACUCGAUAUAGGUAUCACCUAUAGGUAAUACUACACAAGUUUUCGUGUGUCGAGAAGAUUUGCUGAUAGUUGUUCUUUCUUUUACUGAGGGGAAGUGUGGAUGGAGUCGAAACAGUCACACACACACACGCCAGAACACGAGCGGUGAGCCGAGCCCGUUCUAGGGAGUUUACGGUAACGUUAACCGGAACGGUAAACAGAGAUAUGCGCCGCCAUGCGCAGUGCAUGCUGUGUACGCGAACGCUUUUCUCCCUCUGCUUGUUCACAGGCGUCUUUUAAACGCAUGCAUCCAAACAUGCAAGUCGAUUCCCGUUUAAACUGACCUGCACUACAUCUCGCUGCAGUGCAAAUCAAUGCAAUGUCUGCUGCAUGCACGAGGGCUGCAUAGCUAGACAGCCUGCUAACCCUAGCUGAUCUGUGUGAGCGCUCUUUCAGAACGUUUAAUUGACACUAAACAAAAGCUACCAGUAAUUGUAAUGCAUUUCUCUAAAAAAUGCUCCGUGUUUAAGGUGGUGCUCAGCGCCCUUCUCCUUGUUGCACUGUUGCAGCUUUUAUAUCUGUCUUUCCUCUCAAAAUUGCACGGCAAACAGCAGCGCUACAAGUAUUCUGAGCUCUUCGGCUCCAAAAAGACAGCAAAUCAAGUAGAGAAGAACCCCAGGCGGGAACAUCUCAGGUACUCUUUAUCCACAGGUGGGAUCUUCGAUGGGAGCGGACAGUACCGCGUGUACAAAAACCUAAUCAAAAGCGACUUCUCGACCAAUCAGAAGCCAGGCGCAGAUCCCAGGUCACACCACCUGGCUCUGGCCACGCAUACGACCAUCAACAACCUUCACCAUUUGAGCUCUUUGUUGGAGCGCUGGCAGAAUCCUCUAUCUGUCGCGAUAUUCGCCAACGGCCAAGAUGUCAAGUUCGCCACGGCGUUCGUUUACGCCCUCAGCAUUUUCUGCCCACAGGUUCAAGCGCUGGUGGACUUCCAUCUGGUUUGCCACUCAGGGGAAAUGGCCAGUUUUCCAGACCAGGAUCGAGAGCAUUUCACUGGUCUGGAGGAGAAGGGCUGCUCCGGCGUCUUCGCCAAGCUCGAAUCCCACCGAGACAAGUAUAAGAACUACGCCAUCGGCAGCAACGUCUCGUACCCCAACAACCUUCUCCGCAACGUGGCCCGCAGCGGCACAGACGCUGCCUACAUCCUGGUUAUCGAUAUCGACAUGCUACCCAGUGCCAAUCUGCACCACCAGUUCGUGACCAUGCUGAUGAGGCGCGAACCGGCCGCGGACGAGGUCCUGGUGCUUCCUGCCUUCGAGAUCAGACACACUCGUAAGAUGCCCGCGACCAAGUCGGAGCUGGUGCAGCUCUAUCAGGUUGGCGAGGUGCGGCCGUUCUACGAUGAACUCUGCCCUCGCUGUCAAGCUCCCACUAACUACUCACAGUGGGUCAAUCUGGCCAGAAAGAGCUCUGGGCCGCUGGAGGUGGCGUACACCAUAAACUGGGCCGAUCCGUGGGAGCCUUUCUACAUCGGUGCUCGAACCGUUCCUCUCUAUGAUGAGAACUUCAGGCAGUACGGCUUCAACCGCAUCAGUCAGGCCUGUGAGCUUCACGUCGCCGGUUACAGGUUCUCUGUGGUGAGCAAUGCGUUUGUGGUGCACAAAGGGUUCAAGGUCCAGGGAGAGUUUCACAGCAGAAAGGACGAGGAGAACCGCAAGAACCGCAUCCUCUUCCGCAGCUUCAAGGAGAGCCUGAAGGCCAAGUAUCCGAACUCGCCGUGCCGCUGCUGAGAAAACAGAUGGUAAUGAGAGAGAUCACAUCUGCUCCUGACCAACAUCUUCCAGACUUUAUGAGAGAAUCAUAGAUGCACAAAACCUGAAACGAAGAACCGGAAUCUCCACUCAUUUCAAAACAUGAAAAACUGUACUGUCAGAGGAGAUGUACUUGAACGCUCAUUAUUUGAUCAGUAAGCUGAAGAUCCUUCAUGCUUUUAAUGAGAGAAACUAAAUAAAGAAAAUCUUUUUUUAUUUAUAAGUUUUGUUUUCAGUACAUUUGUAACUCCUUUGGGUUUUGAGGGCAAGAUAUAAAUGUCUUCAAAGUUAACUUAUUUAUUUAUUUGAUGUUUUUUUUUUUUUUAAAUGCUACUCUCCAUCUCACUUUUCUGAGGUUUUCACUGCAUUUUAAUUUAUUUUUUCACUUUUUUCCCCCAAAUUGAAGGCAAGACUCCCAGGGUGAAAUGAACUACUAUAUUACCAUACUUUUCUAGUUAAUUGAUUAUGUUAAGAAUUGCAUUUUUUAUUUAUUUUUCAUAAUACAUGUUUUCAAAGUAGUCAUUAUGUAAUUAAAUAUGCAUACAUUUCCUGAGCAGAAAUGGGUAAAGAGCAGAUUCAAAAUUGUUUAAUUUGGUUGACAUGUUAGAGUCAAAUGAUUUUACAGACGAUUUUUCUUUUUAUAUCACUAAAAAAAUGUGUUUAGGAAUCAAAAUGUAUAAAACCAGGUGAAUGAUAUAUGAACAAACCCAUUAAUGUGCUGCUGAAGUAUAGAGAAAAAGGCAUUCAUUGCGACUGAAAUCUACAGACACAAAUAAAUAAAUUGCAAUAAAAUCCAAAAGCAUAUUUGGCAAAGUUUUCUUUUCACUAGGCCGAGCAACCCAAAAUCUGAAAACUGACCAGUGCAUGAAAAACACUGUUGAAGCCUGUAGUGUCUUGCCUUAAUCUGAGAAACGUUUUGCCUUCUAAGCAGUAGCUGGUUACUGAUGGCUUGUAUUAAAGUACAAUGAGUACAGUAUAGGUUAUAAGAGAAAGAAUGUGGUGCAGCUGUAUCUCAUGAAGGGACUGUAACGCUACACGUGUUUGAGUUACUGACGAGACGAGGUCUCGUAAAGACCCAGAGAUUAGUUUUAAAGCUAUUAACAUAUUAAGGCCGAUAGGCCACCUUUAUGCUAAUAAAGACUUUAAAGACGCUCAAAGAGCCUGAUGAUAUUACACAACCGGGGAGUGGUGUCUGAAAAUCAUAUUAGUGUUUUAAUUAUACUGUGGAUUAGGGGUAGAUGACAAUUAAGCAACACUGGAUUAAUGCAGGAACGUACAGGUUUUAGUACUAGCAAUACUGCAUAUGUCAGAUAUUUACAUCUGCUGUAAAAGAUGCGUAGUGUUUAACACUGAAUGGGGUUUAUAUAUUGUCCUUUGUUUUGGGAAAAAAUAACCAAUUUUCUUUUACUUUAUAAUAUAUAUAUAUUUUUCUGAUUGGAGGUUGUUGGUUUUUUUUUUUACAUUAGUUUCCAGUAAUAUUAUUUUGCUAAUUAAUUUUUGUCAAAAGAGUAUUUUGGUUAUUUAACCGUGUUUACCCUGAUAGUGUUGUGUGGUAAUGGAAGCAUGAAUGUCGUGACACUGGAAAAACGCUGUCAGUCCAGAAACCUUGUUGUGAAACUGAAAUAUUUUAAGUGUUUUAUAAAAUUGUGACAUAAUGUGAACAUGUAAUUAUUUGAUUGCACAUGAUUAUAUAACUACCACUGUUUAAGUCAUUAUUGAAUGGUGAAUGAGGUCUUUUGUUAUUAUUAAUAUUGACUUGUUCGUUUUGUAUCUAUCUACAACAUAUGUGUUUCACUCUAAAUUCUGUAGCAGAUGAAUUAUUACACAUUACCCUUUUCUGAAAAUACAUAACUGAUAGAGGUCUGCUGAUUUUAAGAUCAGUGCUCAGCUGGUUGUAGGGUGAUUGACUGCAAGGGAAACUAAAAUGUGAUUAACAAUAUAAUUGUGUGUAGUUAAGAUAAUUAAAUAGAUAUAUCAACUGUUAUAAAGGAGGAGAAAAGACAACAGCCUGUUUUUUGUUUGUUGGUGUCAGGACCGUGCAUCCAGUCAAACUCAGUGGCAUUUAGUCACUUGGCAGAAACUAGUGAAAUUAGGCAGAUGCAUUUGAGCCAAAAUACUAUAGAGUUUGAUUGGAUGCACUGUAUAAUUUCACUAGAUGAACAUGAAAAUGAAGUCAUUAUCUCAGACCAUUAACAAAAACACAUGAGAGACAGAACUACCAUCUGGACAAUGUGUUAUUUUGUGCUUUGUGUGGUUUAAAUUGUAAUAUAUUUUAUGAAUGUUUAAUUUUAAGCACACUUUUGUUUAUUUCUGAAGUAAAUUAAACCGUGUAGGUACUUUGUUGAUGUAAAAUCUGGGUGCUAAAGCAAAAAACAGUUGGCAACUGCUGUUGUCGAUCAAAGCCACAAAAUAGGCAAAUUGACAACAACAAAAAAAGUUGCUUUUUUUCAGUUGCAUGCUUGUUUUUAAUAAAAAUUUACUACAUUUUGA